AAAACAACUCGUCCAAGCCAGCGUGAACUCCCAUUCUCCGAGCUCAAGGGAGAAAUACCAGACGCAGGCUUCGACGAAGGAUUCUCACUGCUAUAUUCCGAAAUCAACAACUUCAUCAAAAAUGGCAUCGGCAAAAAAGCAGUCAGCACCAGGAAAUCCCUCUGGACGAAGAGACAUUCCAAGGAAUUUUUGAGCUUUGCGGGCAUGGUUGCUCGGCCGGGUGCUGAUGGAGGGUGGGAGAAGCUGUUGAGAUCGCGGCCGUAUCGAUGCGCGCUUUUGUCGGGCGUGGUGAUGAAGGUGCUUGAUAAACACGUGUUUUCCGAUUUAUUGUUUGGGGCUGGGCCUGAGCAUGCGGAAGUGCUGCGGAUAGAGGACAGUUCCAUGGUUAACGUUGAAGGCUUCAAAAGGACGGAUCUUCGGGCAAAGACCAACAGAGUCUAUCUUGAAGCAACAGGCGGCAUCCCGCCAUUGUUCUGGAAACGAGUGGACAAAAUCACCGCACAGAUUGUGGCUAUGCUCUUGCCUCUUUAUUCAGCUAUUGGGGAAGAGGCACCAUCUCAAUCUUCAUACCAGGCGCUACACAAUAUUGUUGCACUCGCAGGGUGGCUUAAUGUGGCGAUCCGUCUGUCUCCCAAGAUUACGGUUUUCGAAUGGGUUCAGCCCGGCGAGGCAUACCAGUUCAGUUUUCUAUGUAUUGGAGAGGAGAAGAAGAUGGCCUCGGAUGGCCACAGCGAGGCCCCAAAUGAUCAAACUCGGAAAAGGACUCGCGUGAUGAUUUCGGCCGUGCCGAAAAUCACUCGAUAUGCGCAUGGAAGCAAUGGCUUCUCCGCUGGUACAGAGACAUACGAUGUCAUGCAGCCACAUGUGGUCACAUACCGCGGAAUC